AUGAAGCUCAGCAACGCCACCUUGGUCACUUCGAGCUUGCUAGUUGCUUCGGCAUCUGCUGCUCUCGCCGCUCCCGCACCUGCCUCCUCUUCGACUUCGAACAUUGAGGCUCGCUCAGCACCAGUUCACCUUCCCGUUCGCAAGCGCGACAUCCAAAAGCGCUCAGGCAACGUCUUGCUCAAUUGGGCAAACGAACAGAAAUCCAUCCUGCAAUCCAAGUACCACCUCUCCUCCCCCUCUGACAAGACCCGCCGAGCAGGCAGCUCAGCCCUCACCAAUGUCCAAUACGACUCUUCUUGGGUCGCAUCCCUCAACGGCGGUACACCUUCGCGCGAAUACGAGGUAGUCCUCGACACUGGUUCAGCCGAUCUCUGGAUCUCAUCCCAAUACUACCAACCCUCGCAAUCGAGCUCCUUCAACAACCGCUCCACUCCAUUCGAUAUCCAAUACGGCUCGGGCGAAGUGGCAGGCUAUCAAGCGACCGAUACGUUCAGCCUUGCCGGCACCACCGUCCAGGAUCUCAACUUUGCAGUCGCAACACAGGUGUCUAGCGGAUUGACGAGCUCAAACAUGGAGGGAAUCAUGGGUAUGGGUUUCCAACGACUCGCUUCGUCCGGUGAACCGCCAUUCUGGAUCGCAGCAGGGCUCGAUACUUUUUCUUUCUACCUGGAACGUGCUUCCCUCAGCUCUUCAGACAGCACUCAGCCUGGCGGAGUUUUCACUCUCGGUGGAACCAACUCGUCGUUGUACCAGGGUGAUGUUUCGUACAACCCGCUGAUUGAGGAGUUGUACUGGAUGGUUCGUUUGGGUGGGAUUGGAACACGCGAUUCAGAUGUCAACCUGAAUAGCUUGACCCGAGCAGCCAUUGACACGGGUACAACUCUCAUUGGCGGUCCCGACAGCGUUGUUCAGUCCCUCUACGCUCAGAUCCCCGGCUCGCAAUCGCAAGGUAACGGAUACUACAGCUUCCCAUGCAGAACCAGCGUUGGUGCCACUAUGACUUUCAAUGGUAUCCAAUACUCCAUCCCGGACUCAGACUUUAUCGCCGGUACACUCGACUCGAGUGGAAGUAAGUGUCUAGGUGCGUUUUUCGGUUUGGGCAGCAGUAGUCAGACGGAUUUGCAGUGGAUUGUCGGCGAUGCGUUCCUCAAGAAUGUUUACUCGAUCUUUACCACUAAUGGAAACGGGAACGGAGCUGCGGUCGGAUUCGCGAGCUUGGCUAAUGGCUUGAACACGGGCACGAGUGCUAGGAGAGUGGGGGCUGGUAGCAGUGGUGGUGGUAGUAGUAGUGGAAGCACUAGUCCUGCGGAUAAGGUUGUUGCCAGUUGGAGCUUUGUUGCCGGCGGUGUGCUGACGUCAAUGAUUGCACUUACCAUACUUUAG